UCGCGUGGUCGCGCCUACCUCCCCGCGACUCCCACCGGUUCCCUCUUCUCCCACGCCGUUCCCCGCCCCCGGCCCCUGCCAUCGCCCCAGCCCCGUCGUCCCGUGCCCCGAUGUCGUAUACCUUGAUUUCGUGAUUCGUCGCGCACCUCUUCGGCUCGCGCGGGUAUGAGACAGGUAGCAGCUGCAUCGUAGCAGUCAUGAGUUCUGAGGAUACAACUGACAAUGCGAAGGCAGCUGAUUCCCCGGGUGUAGAAAAUAUGACUUCGUUUGCUGCGCAAACGACGAAAUGGGUCCAAUUUGAUGAGGAGACAGACCAUCCGAAGGAGACCACUGAUGCCGAGAGGAAAGCCGCCAACAGCAGCGCACCUGCGGUGAUAAAACCCGAAUCGGUCACCGUGCAGGUCGACAAAAUCAGCAAAAAUAUCGACCCACCUAACAUUAAUGAUACCAAUGAGUAUAGAGGUGCUGUGAUAGCAACCGAAUCCGUCCAAAUUAAUUUAGAUAGGUCAGGUUUAAAUCGUUCGAUCACGUCCGAAACGCCGGAUCUUAAAUUACCUUCUGACGUUCGUGCGUCAGAGGCGGCCAAGAGCGCCUCUUUGAAGACCAUCGAUCUACGGGACGUGUCCAACGGGAGAAAUGCGCCAAGCAACGUUAUCAGUACGUCGAUCGGAAAUAUCAGACAGGGUUUCGCCAAUGGUGAUACUAUCGUUACUCUCCUGCCAGUAAACACUAAGUGGCCAUGGAUUACUCCAGCCAGAUUCAGACCGGAAUUGGUGCCGGAGGAAUUGAUGGCACAAGGACUAACCCUUACAGUAGAAGAUUACGUUCACAUAAUGGAAUUACUUGUGAACGAUGUACGUUUCAACAUGUAUAACAUAUGCUACAAGAGGAUUCUCGUCCUUUGGAUAUUCACCGCCUUUAUUGUACUGCUCGGUCUAUUGUUCUCUGGCGUGACUGGUCUUACAUUGUUUGGACUUGGUGUUAUGUGGUUAGUCCUGAACGCAGCUGCAAUAUUCUUCUGCAUGUUCGUCAAGAUAAAGCUCAAUCACAAUCUCGAGAAAUGUAUGGCUCAAGUUAACAAACAUUUAUUAAGGCAUAAAAUAUUGCUUGGAUUGGACGACAGAGGGAAGAUCUCCUGCCAUAAAGUCAACCUAUGUUUUAUAUAUUUUGAUACUACGGAUUGCGUUAAAAAACUACAGGAAAUAAUAGAGAGGGAAGAACGCGAAGGCAGAGUAAUUGGUGGCGAUGAUGCAAGCGAUUUAAGUCGACAACGAGAAUUGCAACAGCGUAUGGACAUUGAUGAUAGUGACAUUGUUAUACAAGGCAGCACCACCACGAGAAUAUCUCGUAAACAGGGUAAAAACGAACAAGUAUUCUGCCGUUAUGUGCAACGUUGGGCGAAGGAUUACUUACGUCGACGUUUGGAUUGGACAGUUGACGAGGAGGGUGGAAAUCCUUCUUCGCCACGUCACUUAGCGUCCGCUCUGUGCCCUUGUCAAUAUAUAGAGGAAUGGUUACGUAAUAAACCACGCGUUCAGGGCAGAGACUUUUGUCCUAGGUGGAGUAGCUUUCUCAGAGACAGAGGCAUUUGAGAAAUGCGAUUGUUUCACAUGCUGCUUAUAAAAAGAUACUUGCGAUUUCAUAAUUACUCGUGGAUAAAAAAUGCAGAGGUUUUAUGAUUUAUUGAAUUUUCUCACAAAUGCACAUUACUGCAUAUAUAAGUAGCUUCCAAAGAAAACCAUUAUUUACUUUUAUCGAAUAACUUACGUCAUAAUUGUCUUUAUUUAAGACAAUUUUAUAUUUAAUAUACAUUUGUAAAAAGAUGCCAUGUUUUUAUUGAUACAUAAACAGCUAAAUGUACGGCACAAUAUACGAACGUGAAUGCAGCUUCUUAAUUUUAUUCAAAUAUUUGUUGCGUGUUACAAGAAUUUUAAAAGAAAUUUAUUCUUUUAAAUUUUGUUGAAACUGUCUUUUAUUAAUAUGCUUAUGAGCAUAGUGGUUACUCUGCAAUAUCCAUUAUUUGUAAUUGCUGUUUGUUAUAUUAUUUUGGGAAUUAUUGAUUUUAUAUGCGUUUAAUUUUAAAAUAUUUUGAAUGUACUUAACAUUUUAUCUAGAGAUAUCAAAGCUAACUGGUACAUAAUAAGUGAGAAUCAAGGAUUGAAAUUAAUAUAAUUAUAGAGCUAUAUAUAAAAUAGAGCUGGAUCGUUUUCAGAUCAAGACUCAUAUUUACAUUCCACAUUUAAUGCUAAAUGUGGCACUUAUAUAUUAUACACAAGAUAUUAUAUUUUUACAUAAGAUAAAGAUUACAUUCAUUUGUACUAUAUUUUGAAGAUCAUAUAUUGCUACAUUUAACGUUAAAAUCAAAUCGAAAGAUCUGUGGCUUACUUAAUCGAUAGAUAUAGAUAGCAAUGAAUAUAAUAAUUUCUAUUUUAUUUCAGCAUUCCAGUAAAUUGUUUCCUUUGGGAAGCAAAUGCAGUCACAAAAAUUUUUAGGAUUAUAUUUGUCAAGUCUUCUCUUUUAUUCCGAUAAGUAGUGGAUCAGUAUUUACUCUUUUAUCAAUAAUUAUUUCGUUUUCUAGUUAUAUUUUACAAUCUUGAUGAAAUAUAUUGUUAAAUACAUAAUGUUAUGAAAAACAAAUAUACCUGUAAAAUGGUGAACAAAUAAUUUUUAACUGAUAAUGAACAUAUAUUUUUUAUAACAACGAAAAAAUUUAUUCAGGUAAUAAAAAGUUAUUAGGGUCAGUCAAAUGAAGGCGAGACAGACUGUAUAACGAGCAUAGCGCGGACAUUGGUAACUCUUUUCUGUGUGUUUAUGGACGUGCCCUCUAUUGGGAAUUAGGGGAGAAAGGUGCGAAUGUUCACCGCUGUGUCAUUUGUUUGUUAGAUGUGCUCGAAGUGAGGUCAGCGCGUCAUGUGUGCGUCCGACAUCACUAUGGAGGUCGGGAAAGAAAAACAGCGAGGUGUAGUUUUUGACUGCGGAAGGGGUGUCAGGAAGUGCAAUUCAUGCCCAAAUGUCUGCUGUGUAUGGCGAACACAGUAUGUCACAUGCGCGUGUGUUUGCGUGGAAUAAACGAUGUACUCAAAUUAGUUCCCUCCUGACACUUUCCGCAGACAAAAACCGCACUACACCUCGCUGUUCUUCUUUCCCGACCUCCAUAGUGAUGUCGGACGCACACGCAACGUGUUGACCUCACUUCGAGCACAUCUAACAAACAGAGCCGUGAACAUUUGUGGCGUUCUCCCCUAAUUCCCAACAGAGGUCACAUCCAUAAACACACAGAAAAGGAUUACCAAUGUCCGCGCCAUGCUCGUUAUACAUACAAUUUGUCUUGUUUUCAUUUGACUGACCUUAAUAUUAUCGAGCAUAAUGGCAGUCAGACAUAUCAUUAUUAUAUAGAUUAUUUAUAAAUUGUACUAUAUUGAAGGAUAUUAUUGAUAAAAAUAUCAAGUCUCAAUAAUUAUAUAUAUGUAUAUAUAUAUAUUAAAAAUAUAUAACAAUGAAACUGAACUUGUAAGCUUAUGUUUCACCUUGGAACAUAAAUAUGUGAAUUUCUUAGCAGAAAAAAAUGGGAAAGAAACACGUUACUAUUUCGUGACUCAGGCGAAGGGUUCUAUUGAAUGAUGAUGGUGUGUGUUGACAGGAACGGGCGGAGUUGCUGUUGCUGAGGUAUGCGUCUCGAUGGGCACGUCACUUCGUGCGUCGCAGACUUGAUCUGGUUAUAGACUCGCAGGAACGUGAUAGAGGCGUUAUGGGUCUGUCUGUUCCACCGCGCCACUGUGUCUCCGCCCGUUGUCCUUGUCAAUUCAUUGAGGACCAUCUCAAAUACAAGCCGAAAGGCAAGUUGACGUUACGUAAAUUCUUUCUAAUGCC